AUGAAGAUCCACUUAUAUGCAUUUGGAAUUAGUUUUUUUUUCAUAGGAUUGGCAACCUCGUCAUUAUACUUUCUGAGUUUAUUGACCUGCGCAAAGAUAUAUCCCGAACAUAAAGGCUUGGCCAUUUCAUUACCAGUUACAUGUUAUGGGUUAUCAACUUUAUUAGGAUCACAGUUGAUGAAACUUUCUUGUUUCAAGCAAUAUAGUGGAUUCUUGAACUUGUACAAGGUGUUUAAUUUUUUUGGAAUUCUAUACUUAGUGAUGGGGAUAUUGAAUUUCGUAUCAAGUUCUGUUGUCAGCAUGGAGUCAGAAAUUAUAUUUACAAAUGACGACGAACUUGAAGAAUCAGAUGAAGCGCUGCCAUUAAUGACAUCUAGAUCAAGGCAUUCGCAUCAUAGCUGCGAAGAUGACGACAAUUUGCUCCCUGAACGCUCAAUAAUUGAACCACUUAAACACCAGGAACGGUUUACCAAUUUUUUGAAAGACAAAUCAGCAUGGUUAUUAUUGGCAUCUUUAAUAUUGAAUAUUGGUCCGAUGGAAAGUUUUCAGAAUAAUUUGGGCUCGAUUAUUAUAAACAGCAGUUCUGUAAGUAAUUUAUCUGACCAGGUCAGUAUGAUGGCUGCAUCAUCAACAGUUACUAGAUUGGCAAUGGGAGGCUUGUCAGACUACUUGUCCUCUAGCAAGAGGAAAUUCCCAAUAUGUCGUGUCAAUUUGUUAAUCAUCAACUUGGUUGUAGGUAUAAUCGGCCAAUUCAUGGUUACAAGACUGUCUCAUUUUACGAUAGUAUCUAUCUUGAAUGGUUCAUCAUAUGGUGGAUUAUUCACCAUAUAUCCAACUAUUGUUGCCUCGAUAUGGGGAAUUGACAUGAUGGGAUCUACAUGGGGCUCAUUUAUGAUAGCUCCUGCUAUCGGGUCAAUUGGCUUUUCGAUUUUUUACGGAAACGAAAUUGAUACCAAAUGUAGUGUUGAAUAUUCAAACUGCUUGCAGCGUUAUUUCAGUCUCACUGCACUUGGGUUAUCGGUGAGCUUGAUCUUGAUCAUAAUCGUCUGGAAAGGAAUAUGGGCAAAACGCGGAUUUAAGGUUUUUUAG